AGAAGUCGCCAGAGGCAGAGAACAGGGGCAGAGAGGCAGACAGAGAGAGAGUUCCUUGCCCAGCUGAGUCGCCAUGGGGUCCUUCCUGGCUCCCUCUCUCUUUGGGCUCCUGACUUGGCUGUCCCUGCAUUGCAGCUGCUGGGCUGCUCCCCUCCAGGACAAGGGCCCCCUGGUCAUCUCCUUCCCUGGGGACGUGGUCAGGAACGCUUCGGACCGGGAGCUGGCAUCUGUAAGUUCUUAGGCUUCCUGGGAGUGGGGUCUCCUAGCCUGAGUGUCUGGAUCUCAGCUCUGGCUUGGGGCAAUUAGGAAUUCAGACAGGGCUGCAGUUGCUGGAAACUGCAGGAGAGGAGAAUUCUGCUCUUGGGCUCAGAUCCUGGGAUGCUGGACUAGAUGGUCUGAUCAAACUGAGAGUGGGAGACUUCCGUUGGCAGAGCAUCAGACUCUUAAUCUCAGGGCUGUGGGUUUGAGCCCCACGCCGGGCAUAAGAUUCCUGCAUUGCAGGGGGUUGGAAUAGAUGACCCUCAGGACCCCUUUCAACUCUGCAAUUCUCUGAUCCUUAUGAGGCAUUCUUGCCCCCCCCCCCCCAGCCAAGAGAUAGACGGACUAGUCUUGGUGAGACCAUGGGGCUGGUGGGAUGCGGAGAAAUGAGGCUCAGGAUCAGUCUGGGUGCAUCAUGUGAGAAUAUGCUGGGGAAAGGAGAUGAGGAGGGCAGACUGGAUCCGUGUGUGUGUGUAUAAAUCCCUGGUAAAGGCAAAGGGACCCCUGACCAUUAGGUCCAAUCGUAGGCAACUCUGGGGUUGCGGUGCUCAUCUCGCUUUAUUGGCCGAGGGAGCCGGCGUAAAGCUUCUGGGUCAUGUGGCCAGCAGGACUAAGUCGCUUCUGGUGAUCCAGAGCAGCGCACAGAAACGCCGUUUACCUUCCCGCCAGAGCGGUACCUAUUGAUCUACUUGCACUUUGACGUGCUUUCGAACUGCUAGGUGGGCAGGAGCAGGGACCGAGCAACGGGAGCUCACCCCGUUGCGGGGAUUCGAACCGCCGACCUUCUGAUCGGCAAGCCCUAGGCUCAGUGGUUUAACCCACAGCGCCACCCUCAUUCCUUAAAUCCCUGGUAGUUUUAAGCAAACUUGCCUUUCAUGCAACUGGGCAUCUGCACCCAGUUCCUCUUUCUUUAUCAGUAAUGGGGUUUCUGAGUCACCUGCCAGUGGCUCACCAGCUGGAGUUUUUAGGGGUUCCAGAGGACAGCUUGCUUCAGAGUAAAUGUGAAGGUAGCUCUGACUCCUGCAUUGCAGGGGGUUGGGCUGGAUGACCCACGGGUUCUCUUCCAGUGUGGUGGUGGUGUGGAGAGCCAGUGUGGUGUAGUGGUUAAGAGCGGUAGUCUCGUAAUCUGGUGAACCGGGUUCGAUUCCCCGCUCCUCCACCUGCAGCUGCUGGGUGACCUUGGGCCAGUCACACUUCUCUGAAGUCUCUCAGCCCCACUCACCUCACAGAGUGUUUGUUGUGGGGGAGGAAGGGAAAGGAGAUUGUGAGCUGCUUUGAGACUCCUGAAGGGGAGUGGAAGGCGGGAUAUCAAGUCAGUGAGCAACCUAGGCAAGGGAGGCAGGGCAGAUGAUCCUUGAACACCCUCCCCACUGCUCCCAGCAAAGGCAGCUCCUUCUUACUGGGAGGGUCUCCUUCACACACAAAUGCACCCCUGCAGGCAGGCGAGGGAUCCCAGCGGGGCAGCCGACUUGCUGCAGCGGAAACAACGAAGGGCGUUGUGGGACCUAGAAGGCAAACAGAUAUGGCGUGGCAGAAGAAACUUUUCCUGGGCCACAGCCCACUUUGAAUCACCCUCAAGAUGCCCGAAGGGCUAUCCUUACAAGAUAUGCAAGUGUGUGUCUGGGGAGAGAGCAGUUUUAAUUUUCAAUGUCCAGACUAGGACAGAGGCAUCGUGAGCCCCCUUGCAGACUGCUAUGGAAAAUGUUUUCAAUAAAUUGCCAUUAACUAGGACAAAUCUUGAUGCUGGUCGCAAGCCUGUUCCUUGAGUGACCCAUUCACAAGCUCAGCAGCAGCAGCAGCAGCCUCUUCCCUCACUAAGGAGGCGGGGAGCAUUUUUCUAGGGAUGCUCUGUCCAUUGAGCAUCUCCACACAGCCUGCUAGAAGUGGAUGAGUUCAAUAUAAACGGAUACAGAGUAGCUGUGAUUCCUGCAUUGCAGGGGGUUGGACUAGAUGAGCCCUGGAGGCCCCUCCCAAGCCUACGAUUCUGUGAUUCUAAGAAGUGGCCCCAGACUCUCGGCUGCUUUUGCGUGUGUGCCUCCUUCUCUCUCUCUCUCUGCUCCGAGACAAUCUCAGCUCACAGCUCUUUCCUUCCUUCUCCCCCAGCGCUACCUCCAACGCUUCGGGUACCUGCAAGACCCCAACUCGGGCUCCAGCGGCGGCCAGGUCACCCUGGACUCUGCCCUCAAGAAGAUGCAGAAGCGCCUGGGCCUGCCGGAGACGGGGCGGCUGGACGCCCCGACCAUGGAAGCCAUCCGGGCUCCUCGCUGCGGGGUGCCCGAUCUGGGCACCUUCCAGACUUUCCAGGGAAACCUCAAGUGGGACCACAAUGACAUCACCUACCGGUGAGUCCCGGAGGGGACCGCUCCCCCCCCCCCGGUCGUUUUCUCAGCACAGAAGGAGAGCGGAGGCAGCAGCAGGCUGGUCUCUGGCGAGGGCAGUUGCGCCUCUGCGCAAAUCUGAGCCCGAACUCAGCGUUCGCCUCGUCUCUGGAAGAGCUCAGCCUGCGCAAGAAAGGGACGGGGGCCGCCCUCGUUCCCCGGUUCCCAAAGUGGGCGGUGCCACCGGGGCGGGAUUCCCCAGGGGGUCCCUAAGAGGCAAGGGGGCGACAGGGGGGCGCUGGAGGUGCAAAUGUCGAUCCGACUUCGAGAAGCUGACCUAGCAGUCAACUCCUAGGGGCCGAGGUCCCUUCGGCCCCCCAAUAAAAUAUUAGCCAUUCCUAGGGUGUGCAUGCGCCGCGUCUUGUGCUUGGUUAUGUGGGGCGGGGCUUACUCCCCCCCCCCCCAAUAUUUUAUUCCACUUGGCACCCUUGGAAACUGGUAUCGCUGGAUUAAGUUCAUCAGCAGUGGAGCUCAAAAGUUUUAACUGGUUUUGGACAAAUGUUUAGAACAUUUUGAACCAACGUGCAAUUAAAUGCCACCGUUUUGAAUCUGGUUGUGUUAUUUGUUUAUCGAUUAAAUUUAUAAACCGCCCUUCCUCCGAAGAUCACAGGGCGGUUGACAGUAUAAAAUCACAAGAUACACAACAUAAUAAAACAAACAAAACAACACACACACACACACACACACACACACACACACACACACCCCCUUCGUGCUAUUCUGAAAAUAGGGUAGGGGGCGCUGGGGAGGAGUUUAUGGAAGAGGGCGGGAGUUUGGGAGCCGCUGCCCUAGACGGCACCCCCAGCCCUCCUGCGAUGCCGUGGCUCCCCCUUGGCGGCCGUGGGUCCUGACUUUGCUCUGCCUUCCCCAGGGUGCAGAACUACUCGCCGGACCUGGACGCCUCCAUCAUCGAAGACGCCUUUGCGAGGGCCUUCAAGGUGUGGAGCGACGUGACCCCCCUCACCUUCACGCGCCGGGACAGCGGGGACGUCGACAUCCUCAUUAUGUUCGGGACGGAAGGUGAGCCUCGGCCUUGUCCCCCUGGGGAGGGGAAGGGGGGGCAGGGAGCAGCCAAGGACACCAGUUCCCCAUAGGGCGGUGCCUGCGGUGGGAACCCCAGAAGCUGCCUCCCCAGGGGCGCCUCUUGGAGCCCUUGCUUGGCCUCAGCCUCGGACCUCCCCUCAUGGAUUUGCCUGUCUCCCCCCCCCCCCAGACCACGGGGACGGCUAUCCCUUCGACGGAAAGGACGGUCUCCUUGCCCACGCCUUCCCUCCCGGCAAGGACCGCUACAGUGGGGAUGCCCACUUUGACGACGACGAGUUCUGGACCCUGGGCACGGGCGUUGGUGAGUGGGCCGCUGCUUUCCCCUCGUCCCCACAUAGAAUUGUUGGGCUGGAAGGGGACCCCCGGGGUCAUCUAGACCAACCCCCUGCAGUGCAGGAGUCCAGUCAAAGGAUCCCUGACCAAUGGCCAUUGGAUGCCUGCUUAAACGCCCUUGCGGCUGUCCCCUCCGGGCUAUUCAUUUCAAGCCAUUUAUUAAACCUGUAUACCACCUUUCAUCAGGGAUGAGGGUGGCGCUGUGGUCUAAACCACAGAGCCUAGGACUUGCCAAUCAGAAGGUCGGUGGUUCGAAUCCCUGCAACAGGGUGAGCUCCCGUUGCUCAGUCCCUGGAGUUUCCAUGCGCUGCUCUGGUUCACCAGAAGCGGCUUAGUCAUGCUGGCCACAUGACCCGGAAGCUGUACGCCAGCUCCCUCGGCCAGUAAAGUGAAAUGAGCGCCACAACCCCAGAGUCGGCCACGACUGGACCUAAUGGUCAGGGGUCCCUUUACCUUUACCUUACCCCCUUUCAUCAUGGAAUCACAGAAUUGAGUGGGAAGGGGCCACAAGGGUCCUCUGCUCCAACCCCCUGCAAUGCAGGUAUCUUUUGCCUAACGCAGGACUCGAACCCACAACUUUGAGAUUGCAUAAAACAAAUUCAUGAAUUUCUAUACUGUACAAGAUAAUAACCAAUAUAUGAAUGCAGUGGGGGUUUGUACAUGCUGUUAUAUCUCUGGGUGACUUGCCCUGUCCUGACCCGCUUCUUCCCUCUCCUGAGCAGUGGUGAAGACCCGUUUUGGGAAUGCCAACGGCGCCAACUGCCACUUCCCCUUCACCUUUGAGGGCAAGUCCUACUCCACCUGCACCACCGAGGGGCGCGAGGACAACUUGCCCUGGUGCUCCACCACCGCCAACUUUGACCAGGACAAGAAGUACGGAUUCUGCCCCAGUGAAUGUGAGUGGCCAGGGAAAGGAGGGGGGCUGGGGGGGCUGGAGGCCCCCAAGUGCGGAUCUACUAGGAAGCGAAUGAAGCUCCGGGGCCCCUAAUCCCAGAGGGGCCCCAGGAGAGACUUCACUCCAUGUUGCUUGAAAAAUUGUGGGUGUAGUAGACCCAAUUUGAGUCUCUCAGGUCAAUUUGAUUAAUUUUUUGUGUGGCAUCUAUUUCAACAAUCCCAAUGCUUAUGAGUCAGUAGCACAGAGGCUGUGAAAGUUGUAAACAAUUCCAUUGAAGAAGGUGGUUCUCUUUUUAUGUAUAUAUAUAUUUGCUUUAUUGAUUCCAAAAAGAAAACAAACAGUCAAUAUUUUUUUAACACAUUACAAAAAGAUAUAAUAGUUUCCUAAUACGUAUCUUCUAUGGCGACUUCCCAUCGCCCCAGGAUGGGUCUUUAGUAUUUUCGGUUUGCCACACUUAUCUUUAUCAAUGAUAAUACGUCUUAGUUCUCUUAAGUUUCUACGAUUCCCUACUUUCCCACAGAAGUCACUCCAGGCCUGCCAACAAGUUCAGAUUUUUGCAGCGCUCCCUGAGAUACUUUCUAUACAUGUCCCAUUCCCUCAUAAAUGUUUGUUCAGUCCGAUCCCUUCAUUUCCCCGUCAUCCUUGCGAAUUCUGCAAACUCUUAACGGUUUCGACUGCCGCUCCAGUUUAGUCGGGGUUACAUCUCCUUUCCGGUUCCUAGCUAUGAGAAUUCUUGCUCUGCAGACCUGGUUGCUGCUUGCAAAGGCCCCCCCUCGUAACAGUCCAGCUUUCAGGGCCCCCCAAAUGUGAGUCUGCCCCUCCUCCUCCUGCCUGGCCGGCUCAAGACGCUCCUUUCUCCCUGGCUCGCCUAGUGCUCUUCACCUACGGAGGCAACGCAGACGGAGAGAAGUGUGUCUUCCCCUUCACCUUCCUGGGCAAGACCUACGACAGCUGCACCACCGAGGGGCGCAGUGAUGGGUACCGCUGGUGCGCCACCACAGAGAGCUUCGACCGUGACAAGAAGUACGGAUUCUGCCCCAACAGAGGUACAGGCAGUUUCAUUUCCAGAAGGGUGCUGGGGCCUGGAUCUGUCCAGUAUAUACCUGUCACUAGUCCCUAAGGGCAGGGGGGCUCACUGGUUAGGGAAAGGCACUCUGGAUGUGCUCAGAGGCACUCUUUCUUGCAGAGCUGAGCCAGAGAAUCACAGAAGUGUAGAGUUGAAUGAGACACCCUAGGCCCAUCUAGUCCAGCCCCUUGCAAGGCAGAAAUCGCAGCUAAAGAAUAAUAAGACUCAUAGGGUUGUGGAAGAGACCCAGAGGGUCAACUAGUCCACCCCCCUGGAAUGCAAGAAUCACGGCUAAAUUGUGCCAUUUAUUCAUUCAUUAUUGUUUAUUAAAUUUCUAUACUGCCCUUCAUCCGAAUAUCACAAGGCAGUUUACAAUAUAAAAAAGGGGAAAUGGCUAACAUUGUAACAAACAGAAACAAGAAAACACACACACACACACACACACACACACACACACACCAGUUGAACUAGGUUGUUUAAUUAGCCAAGGGCCUGGAAGAAGAGGAAUGUUUUUGCAGCAAUUGCAGCUAAAGAGCCACAGGCUCAUAUAGGUGGUCAUUUUGUCGAAGGCAGAAAUCACAGCCUUGGCCCUGAUGGGUCCUGGAGCUGCUGGGCCCAUAUCCCAGCAGGCCAUGCUGGUCACACUGAACUCCAAUAAUAAUAAUAAUAAUAAUAAUAAUAAUAAUAAUUUUAUUAUUUAUACCCAGCCCAUCUGGCUGGGUUUCCCCAGCCCCUCUGGGUGUGGGGCUGGCAAAAUGGCUUGAACCCGGAUCCAGCUGCCCUCAGGGCAGAGCUGUGUGGCUGCCUACAGGUCCCUUCCUGCCAUAGGGAAGGAAGGCAACCAUGUCAGACAGAGAAGGGUACCUCCCUGCCCCCCUGCGAUGCCCCACUGCCCUCUUGCCAUGAGCGACUGGUGCGCUGCUCCCGGGCGGGUGGGUGCUGUGUGGGAAGCCCCACGGGAGUUGGGUGGGGAGAAGGGAUCCCUGCUGGGCAGAACGCUCACCGGCCGCCUCUCUGCAGACACAGCCGUGAUUGGCGGGAACUCCCAGGGCGAGCCCUGUGCCUUCCCCUUCACCUUCCUGGGCAAGAGCUACAGCAGCUGCACCUCCGAGGGGCGCGAGGACGGGCGACUCUGGUGCGCCACCACCAGCAACUACGACACCGACAGGAAGUGGGGCCUCUGCCCUGACAAAGGUACCCCUGAGCCUCUGCCGCAUGAGCCAGCCUGGAGAGAGCCCUAACACCAGAGGAGGCUAAUGUUCUCAGGUGGCUCCACCAGAUGCCUGUGGGAGGCUGCGGGUGGUUCUGAUGGGGGGGGGGGUCAUGGGACCUGCUCCUCCUCCUCCUCCUGGUGGGGGCAGGGAGGUGAGGAGGGAGAGCCGAGCCCUGCAACCUGCAGCCCCCACCCACAAUCUCCUUCCUGCCUUCCAGGGUACAGCAUCUUCCUGGUCGCCGCACACGAGUUUGGGCAUUCGCUGGGCCUGGACCAUUCCGACGUGCGGGAGGCCCUGAUGUACCCCAUGUACACCUACCUGGCUGAUUUCCACCUGCACUCGGAUGACGUGGCUGGGAUCCAGUACCUCUAUGGUGAGUGGGGUGCUGGGGCAGCUUUCGCUGGGGGUCCCCUGCUCAGCCAGCCAGAAGGGGGCCCAGAAUGUAAAGAGGGAAAGCCUUCCUGUGCCCCAUAGCUCCCCAUUAGUAGCUCCUCUUUUUGGAGGUUGGGAGGAAUGGUGGAUAAAUAAAUAAAACAUAUAAUAAGAUAUACAGUCAUACCUCGGGUUACAGACGUUUCAGGUUGAAUUUUUUCAGGUUACGGACCGCCGAAACCCAGAAGUACUGGAAUGGGUUUCUUCUGUGUUUCGGGAGUCGUGCAUUCGCAGAAGUGCUAAAUCGCGCAUGCGCAGAAGCGGGUUGCAAACGCUGUGGGUUGCGAACAUGCAUCCUGCACGGAUCACGUUCGCGACCUGAGCGUCCACUGUAUAUAACAAAUGUAGGGUUGCCAUGUGUCCUCUUUUUCCAGGACACGCCCUCUUUUUCAGGGAUAAAAUUUGAGACAAAUUGCAUUUAUUUGCUUUGAAUGUCUGUUGUAGUGUCCUCUUCUUUGCUCUUCGGAAUAUGGCAACUCUAAAUAAUGCAAUCAAUAAACUAUACAAGACCUGUCAGGGAUGCCUGGGUGCCUGUUGUGGCCUGACCUUCCUCUGCCCAUCACCCUGGCACCUGGGCUCUCGUGGUCUUUCUGAUGGGUAUACAGACCCUAGAAAAUGCUUUGCCCUUCCCACUCCUAGGCAGAGGGUCAGGCGUGAAACCCACGGUGGGCACCCUCCCCACUACUCAAAGCCCCGAGGACCCUGACCAAACCACCGAGGAAUACGACGAUGACGGCUCCAGCACAGACGAGGAUGUCACGGAGACCACCCCAGUCACAGAGGCCACCACGGUCGUGGAGACCACCUCCGCGGGCCGCGCAGGAGAGGCUUGCAAAAUCCCUCAAUUUGACGGGGUGAGCGAGAUCAAGAAGGAACUGUACCUCUUCAAGGACGGGUGAGUGGCAGGAGGAGGGCAGUGUCCCGGGGAGGAGGGCGGUGGAGGGGCAGGAAUGGGGCAAAGGGCUGUGUGAGCCCACAGAGGGGGACACAUGGGCUUUGUGCCCCUCGGCACCUCUCCACACUCAGCCAGGUAGGGAGGAAGAGAGGGCUGUUCAUGAGUUCCAGCUCUGAUUGGCCACUGAAAGAAAGAAAAAAGAAAGAAAGAAGAGGGUGCUGGACCCUUUGGUCUGGCCCAGCAGGGCUCCUCCUCUGUUCUUAGGCUCUUAUGACUAGGGCUGCCCCCCCCCCCCGGAUCUCUUCUCUUGCCAACCCCACCUACCUGCCAGACCCUCGGAGUCCACCUGCCUCCUCUACACCUGGUCAACCCUGGUGGAGACUGGAGAGCCGGUCCUUCCUUCCUUCCUUCCUUCCUUCCUUCCUUCCUUCCUUCCUUCCCUCCCUCCCUCCCUGCUCCAGCCCCUGCUCACAGAGACCUUUCCCUCCUUCCCAGGCAAUACUGGAAGAAGCCAGUGUCAGGCACGGGGGCCAUUGCGGGCCCCCUCCGCAUCCAGGACAGCUGGCCGGCCCUCCCAGAUGUGAUUGAUGCUGCUAUCCAGGACGCACAGACGAAGAAAACCUACUUCUUCUCUGGUGAGUGGCUUCCCCAUUGUGGCUGCUCGUGGAAAUGGGGCAAAAACGCAGGGCAAAGCAGAUAUUUUGGGGUGGGAUAUGAGUCCACACUAGCCGUAAAUACCGGUCCUGAAAGACCUACAUUAGCUCCCGAUACAUGUCUGAGCACAAUUCCAAGUGUUGGUGCUGACCUUGAAAGCCCUAAACGGCCUCAAAGGGCCAGUAUACCUGAAGGAGCGUCUCCACCCCCAUCGUUCUGCCCGGACACUGAGGUCCAGCUCCAAGGGCCUUUUGUUGGUUCCCUCCCUGUGAGAAGUGAGGUUACAGGGAACCAGGCAGAGGGCCUUCUCGGUGGUGGCGCCCGCCCUGUGGAACACCCUCCCAUCAGACUAUCUGACUUUUAGAAGACAUCUGAAGGCAGCUCUGUUUAGGGAAGCUUUUAAUGUUUGAUGUAUUUAUUGUGUUUUUAAUAUUCUAUUGGGAGCUGCCCCAGAGUGGCUAGGGAAACCCAGCCAGAUGGGCAGGGUAUAAAUAAUAAAAUAAUAAUAAUAAUAAUAAUAAUAAUAAUAAUAAUUUUAUUCUGCAUAGCCCCAUGCUCAGAAGCUGCCCACAACCCCUGUGGCUGCUUCAGAGAACUUGCUGAAGCCCACAAGGGACACCUCGAAAACUCUUGCUUGCUGGUGCCCACAGGGCAGAGUGCAUGGGCCUCUUUUCACCUGACUGAAGAUUCCUGCUAGCAGGACAAGUCUGAGGGCCACGUUGGAUGGAUUUAGAUGACUGGGAGAGGAUAUUUUAUCUAGAAAUGACCCUUCCUCUUUCUCACCUUGUGUGAGAAUGCAAAUAUCUAUUUCAGCAGAGCUAAUAUCACCACCCAUGCGCAGCUUAUCUCUGGAAGCUAUUAGGACAAGGUUGCACAAUCUUCUAGAAAAAUUAUAAUAUCCAAGGAUGCUUUAGGCAGACUCGGGUUAUCUUCUCCCUUUUUAUUUCCCCCUCUUAAUAAAGAAAUCACUUUCAGGCAAAUAAGUAAACAAUAAAAAGGUGAGGUUUACGCAUAUCGAGGCCUUGGCAGGAUUCAGCAGAUACAGUGACGAAAAUCAGAUUGGCAAUAAUCCUUAAACAUUGUAAACACCCACAGUCCAGUUCAAAAUGGAGAUUGCUUUCUGGAGGAGAGCAAAGAAAUGUCUUCAUCGCAGGUCGGAAGAAGAGUGUGCAGUGACAGGAAGAAACAGAGAUUAAGUCUCUCUCUCGUUCUCCUUCCUGCCACAGAGGAGAUGGCCUCAUACGCUCCCCUGCCUGGGACUCUCUAGCCAACCUGCCCUCUGUGACGGGGCUGCAGGUCCUCCCACAGAUCCAUGGGAUGGACACUUGCCGGGGGGUGAACAAGGAAAGUUGCAAAAGCUGUUUCUCCUCCGCAGGUCGGCGCUUCUGGGUGUACCAGGGGGCGAGAGUCUUGGGACCGCGGAACAUCGAGAAGCUGGGCAUCCCGAGUGACGUGCCAAAGAUUGUGGGGGCCCUGCAGGAGAAGCCGGGCAAAAUCCUUAUCUUCAGUGGGGAGCACUUCUGGAGGUACCAGGGAUCCUGGGGGGCAGAGAAGGCAGGGGAGAGAAAGCAGAAGGGGGCACCUGGUCAGACCUCUGCUUGCAGGCCCCCCUCCUUCCCUGGUCACAGUGGGCCAGGAUCAGAGAGCAGCAGGGGCUGGUGGAGAACAUGGAAUGGGAAGGUCCCCCAAAGGUCAUCUAGUUCAGCCCCCUGCAGGAAUCACAGCUCUUGACCUCAGAAAGUCCAUCCUAAUGUUUAGUGGGAAUCUCCUUUCUUGCCAUUUGAAUCCAUUUAUGCAAGGUGAACCCUCUGGAGCAGGAGAAGACAAGCUUGCUCCCUCUUCCAUCCGACAGCCCUUGGGCUAUCUGAAGAUGACUUCCCUAUCAGCUCUCAGUCCUCUUCCUGGGGCUUAACCCCCCCAACUCCCCCCCCCACUGUUCCUCAGAAGGUCUCCAGACCCCUGAUCAUCAGAGAGAGGCCAGUUAUUCUCCAGGACCACCAGUCCUGCAGUUUGACUUGGCCAAGGAGGAAUCGCCCCUUCUCAGCUCUGACUUGAUGGACACAACAGCUGGUUGCUUCUCUGCCAGGCCCAGAACAUGGAGAAGGGGAAACUGCCUGCCCCUUAGCUGCCCCCAUGGCAUGAGCAGCCCCACCUGACAAGCGCUCCUCCACAACACCCUUCUCCCUGCCGCUGAAUCAAUCAUCUCCAAAGCCAGCGACAAAUAGGGACGGCUCAUUUCUGGCCUCAACACGGGUCAACCUUGAGGCGUCAGGCGUCCUCCUGGCCCCCCGUGUUGUCAGGACUGAAAGGGCACCGUGCCCACCCCAGCACUGACCAGACCUGCGAAGAGGGCAUGGGGGGAGGAGGAGGCCUGGGGUGGACCAUGGGGAAAGCCUUCUUCAGUCUUGCUUUCCUCCUCCAGGCUGGAUGUGAAAUCUGAGCGAGCGGAUAAGGGCUCUCCUCACUACACGGACAGCCUCUUUCCUGGGGUCCCACUGGACUCUGAGAAUAUCUUCCACUUUAAAGGUAAGGAGGGUGAAGAGGGACAGGGGUGGGCUUAGAAUGCAUGUGACCGGGGGGGGGGAGAGCACUGCCAGGAGGGGAUUCAAGACUAAUCCACCACCCCAAUUCCCAGACUGUGCUCUGCGGAGCUUGUCUUGGUGUCCCUGCUCAGAGGCUGAGAUGCUCUGUCUCUCUUGACCAGGGGUAGGCAGCCCAGUCGCCUUCUCAAUUUGGCUUGCAGAUGGUCUGGGAAUCAGCAUGUUUUUACAUGAGGAGAAUGUGUCCUUUUAUUUAAAAUGCAUCUCUGGGUUAUUUGGGGGGCAUAGGAAUUCGUUCAUUUCCCCCCCCCAAAAUAUAGUCUGGCCCCCCACAAGGUCUGAGGGACGGUGGACUGGCCCAUGGCUGAAAAAGGUUGCUGGUCCCUCUCUUGACCUUAUGUAGACUCUGGCCUUAAUGGCCUUGCAGGAGCUCCCUCUUCAGGUGGGGAUGGGAAUUGCUCCACUCACCUGAGCCCCUGCCCAGGGUUCAGCCUCUGUCUUCCCAUCAACGCUCAGAGCAAACUUUUCUGCUCUAGGCCUAAAGAAGGUGAGCUGCUGGAGGCUCCUUGCUGGGAUUUCUGUAGGCAGCUGUAAUGGUUCUAGGGGUUGCUCGUGCGUAAGCCGGUGCAAACACCUGGCUGGGAUGCCUGAGUGAACCUUUUCUGUCCGGACAGCCACUCACCCGUGGCUGUCUCAAUCGCUGGCAGAAUCCGUCAGUGGGCGUUUCUUAAACUUCUUCCAGCAAAGAAGCUCUUUGACGCCUAGUCUCCUCCUACUCUCUCUGCGCGAAAGCCUUCUGCGCAAGGAGGGCGUAGGCAGCGGAGGACCUCUACUCUCCCUGCUGGUCCCCGGCAAGGAGUCAUGGGACCGCCUCGCCGCUUCCCCCAUCUGCCCCCCUUCUCCACUGGUGCUACGCUAAUUCUCUUCCCCAGAAGAUGGGCUGCCUCUCCCAAUCCCGGGACGCUCUCUGGAAUCCCUCUGGAUCUUGCUCUCUCCCUCCGGCACUGAUGGCAGUUCCCUGACAGCAGCCAUGGGGCAGGUGGGGGUGGCUGGACUGAACCAGAAUCCUGGCACUGGGGGAGGGAGGGGGAUGAAAUUCAUGCUCCCCGCCAGGUGUUAUCUGUUCUGUGGUAGAAGGCAUAGAGGUGCCCAUAGCAAACAUCUGUAUGUUUGACCCUGAAAGGUAACUAUCAGCUCUGGGGUGGGGGGUGCCAUUAACAAUGGGAGGAAAGGUAGGGGGAAGGGUAGAGCUCUCCCUCCAAGCGCUCUGUCCCCAGUGGGAUGGUGCUGUGGUCUAAACCACUGAGCCUCUUGGGCUUGCCAAUCGGAAGGUUGGCAUUUCGAAUCCGCAUGACGGAGUGAGCUCCCGUUGCCCUGUCCCAGCUCCUGCCAACCUAGCAGUUCGAAAGCACACCAGUGCAAGUAGAUAAACAGGUACCACUGCAGUGGGAAGGUAAACAGCGUUUCUGUGUGCUCUGGUUUCCGUCACGGUGUCCUGUUGUGCCAGAAGUGGUUUAGUCCUGCUGGCCACAUGACCUGGAAAGCCUUCUGUGGACAAAUGCCGGCUCCCUUGGCCUGAAAGCAAGAUGAGCGCUGCAACCCCAUAGUCGCCUUUGACUGUACUUAACCGUCCAGGGGCCCUUUACCUUUUUUACCUUUUACCCCAGUCAGAUUCAGAGCUUCCCCUGGACCCCCUGCCUGUUUAUUCAUUUUUCAUAAAAUUUAAACUCCGUUUGAUUGUAAAAGAAAGCUUUCUUAAAGCUGCAGAUGUGAGACUGGAUCUCCUGUCUCUUCCUCGGGAUCCUCCCCUCCAGAGGCCCUUCCCAGCUGCCCCUCCUUGGGUAGCCUCGGGCAUAUUGCCUCCUUUGCCGGUGGUGACGUUGGCACCCUUUGAUAACCAUCCCCCCAAUUUCCUUCCUGCUUCCAGGAAAAUACCACUUCUGCCGGGGACCCUUCUGCUGGCGGAUGACCCCACGCUACCAGGUGGACAGGGUGGGCUACCUGAAGUACGAUGUCCUGAAAUGCCCGGAAGAGUAAGCUUGCCAGAGGGCUGCUGGGACCCUCCUCUGCCUGCGGUGGGACUUUAGGGCAGUCGCUCACCAGCUCUGACGCUCCAGCCUGGACCUGGGAGGCUGUGCCCGGGUGAUGCUGGCGCUCUGCUCGACUGCCGCCCAAAGAGGACUCUCCAGCCACCCUGUGCCACUCCUGGGGCACGCGGACCUCCUGCCAGCCUGAGCCAGGUGCCUUGCAAAAGUCUCGCCGGGUGCAGGCAGCCGGGCUGCUGGCACAGAGAGGGUCCCUGCCUGUUGCGUGUGUGUGUGUGUUGCUUGGUCAUGGACUUGUGGCAAAGACCCCCCCUGGGGAAGAGAAGGAGGGUGCCUUCAACCCUCCCACUGCCUCUGCCGCCUCUGCCUCCUGUGGGACCUCCAGCAUCUUGCACUUUCUGAAUAAAUGAAAUCCUGCCCCACCUGGAGCCUCUUGUCUGCUUAUGAAGUGGCACAGAGGGUUGGGGGGCU